AGCACUCUUGUCGACUUUCUGGAGCGUAGAAGUCCUGUCUUGGCGAUGAUGCGCGCAGCAGUUCUGUCCUUGCUGGCCACAGCAGGCAUUGGAGCGGUUGCCUUUGUCGGCCCAGCAAACACUGUUGAGCCAAAGACUCGUGUGGCUCUCCGCGCAAGCAUGAAGCCGCUCCCAGAGAGCCAGGACCCUGAACAAAGCCCAGUGCGUGCUGGUGGGGCAUUCCUUUCCAUGGUUGCAGCUCUGGUCUUGGUACUGUUGCCUGUGCAGGAGGCGCAGGCUGCACGAUCUGGGGGCCGAAUCGGCGGCACUGCCAGCGCUGCCCGCAGCAAACCACCUCCUCGAGCGCCAGUCGCUAGCAGCAGCAGCAAGACAACAGUGAUCAACAAGACCACUGUGAUCACUCCCCCACCUCCAGUGGUUGCGGCGCCUCCUAUUGGGAUGGGUAUGGGAGUUGGCUUUGCACCUGCCCCUGUAGUUGUCGCGCCUCCACCGACCCUUGGCGAUGUUGUGGUUGGCACGGUCAUUGGAGGUGCCAUCAACAAUGCUAUUACUGGAGGCCACCACAGCGGGCCAACGAGCACUGACAGGCUUUUGGAGAACCAGCAGCGUCAGGACGAGCGCCAAAUGGACAAUCAGCAGCGGGAGAUCGAACUUUUGAAGUCCGAGAUCCAGAACUUGAAGUCCACCAAGUGAGUGGAAGAACUUGGAGACGUGUAGAGAGUCCUUUCAAGAGACUCCAGAGGUCACUUGAAGGCUUGGAGACGCAAAAACUUCAGAGGCCACUGGGGCAACAGGCCGUUGGCCAAAGUGGGAAGGGAUGCCAUUGCUGCAGAGGCCAUGUCGGUCUCACAGUUUUCCAUUUUUGCAUUUCCACUGGGAACGUUCAAUCAGAGCAUACGCAUGUUCGAUCAAACUCGAAGGCAAUAGAAAACGCUGUUGCGAACCUUGUGGAAGUAUGGAAAUCUCGACAAAAACAAUUCUCUGCGCUGCCAACACUAUGCAGCGCUCCGUUCCUAAUUCUGGUGGCUCCCAUGCAAGCCAGCAGGCUUCUACAAGGAAGCUCAUGCAUUUGGUGUGCUUUCGUUCAAUUGGUCCAAGCAGAUGGCCGAUACUGCCUAUACUCCAUUUCGUGAUCG